AUGAUGAGUGCUCUUACUACUCUUUCGGAUUUCGUCCCACAGAUGCCACCCAUGGCACCGUCAAUGCCGCCCAAUGGCUUCAUUGAGCUGCCUGUCGUCCCAGGAUAUGUGCCUCCUGAGCUGUUUACCAAUUUCCCGCCAAAUGCUCCUGCUUUCUUCUCGACCAACCUCAGAUCACGCGCUAUUCGACUUGUACCGAAACCGGCACCACAAUAUGCGGUCCGAACCAAUGAUCCAAACGAUAUUUACGAAAGAGCUAAUUUCUAUCGAGAUAAAUAUCCAGAUUUCGUUCAUACUAUCCAAUCUUUGCCGAUUGCCUGGGACGAUCUAUACACUUAUUUUGAUCCCUUGGAUAUCUGGAUGGAGGGAGCCGGCUUCUGCUUCCACGUCAUCCACCGUCUCGCAGGCACCAAUAUCGAGAAAGACGACAGAUAG